UGUCAGAUGGACGCGUUUGUGUGGGACUCACUCGUACUAAAUUCUGUAUUUUUAAAGUAGUUUUGUUGUUUUUGGAACUAUUUUGAACGAACGGUUGAUAAAAAUUAUAUUGAAAUUAUCGUGGUGGAUGUUGGUGCAAAAGAAAGCGACAUUAAAUAGUGUGGAGUAAAGUGAAGAAUAUGCGAGAUUUUCGGAUUUAGAUUAUAGUAAUAUAUAUUGUUUAGAAGCUAGAAGCAAAAUGACUAAAAUCAAUCAUUUCCGGACUACAUCGUCAAACACAAUAAUGAGUCAGUUUCUAGCGAUUAUUUUGUUAUCAACAAUUAUUGAACUGGGGUUUGCGCAUCAAAAUCCAUUCCGGGAUCCAAACAUAUGCGGAAACCCGGUAUGCAAAACGCCUUUCAACAAAUUCAGUUUCAGAGAUAGUAUUUAUAAAUACGAAUAUAGUUUCGAUGUGACAUCGGAGUUUGUCGGUACUGGCAGCAAUGCGUCUAGUAUUUUUCUAAAAGCAGCUCUGGAGAUAUUUUUUCCAAAACCAUGCGAAGGAUUUCUACGUAUUACAGAUGCUAAUCUGUGGGACUAUCAAGUUGAACAGACAAAUGGUGACGCUACCAGCGGCGAUGAUAGCGGAACCCCGAAACGGGAUGACGAUGAUUACUAUGGAGAAUUUGCUGACACAACUAACUACGACGAAGACCGAGAUGACUUAGUUCAUAUGCACCCAAAAAGUAUUGAAUUGGCAACGGAUUUAAAAAAAUAUGUAUUACGCUUCUCAUUCCACGAUGGCCUGAUUACCGAAACAUGCCCAAACUCUAAAGAAUCUGUUUGGACCUUAAAUUUAAAAAAGGGCAUAUUGUCUGCUCUUCAAAAUACCAUGUUGCGAUUCGAUGUAGAUUUCAAUACAACAGAAAUAGAUACUGCAGGCGAAUGCAACGUAAAGUAUUCCUUAGAAGCUAUUAAUGACGUUUUCAUUAAAAUACGCAAAACAAAAAACAUUUCUACCUGCCGAAACCGUUAUUCGACUAACUCGGUAUUGCAAACAACUCCAUAUAAUUUCCGUGAUGACAAAACAAUAUGGCCUAUACUUGACUCUAAAAGCUAUUGUGAUAUGACAAUCAACAAUAACUUGUUCCAAGAAGUCACUUGCUAUGAGCAGCACCAAUUGAUUCCUUUCUCAAAUAGUAACUCUGGUGCUGUCACUAAAGUUAUUUCUCGGCUGGUAUUUCAGGACGAGGAAAACUACAGUAUAGGAGAUUUUUUAGCUGAACAUAUCGAAAUUAUUGAAAAGCGUUCAACACUUAUUUUUGACCACACGCCCUCUAUUAAGCCCACGCAUAGUGAAAUUAAGUUAGCACGGGAUCUAUUGAAGGAUAUUUGCUAUCUUGGAUUUCCAAACAUUCAACGCGAGUUCGUAAAUGUUUUCACAGAUUUUUUACGUACUAUUAAGCAGCUGGACUAUGAAUCGCUAACUCAACUUCUCACACGUUCGGCUAGCAUUUGUGAGAAAGGAAAAAAUCACGUUUUAGAUGCAUUGCCGUAUAUUGGCAGCACGGCGUCAUAUCAACUCAUGCGGGACCAACUCCUUACAAAUAGUAUAUCCAAAAAAAUGGCACUAAACUGGCUUAAGUCAUUAUCGUUUAUCCAACGUCCCGAUGAGGAUACAGUUGAAACAUUUUAUACUAUUCUGGAAUUCUCACGCAGUAAAGCUGAACCUGAAUAUACGCUGAGUGCAUCCGCGGUUAUACACAACUACUGCCGAUAUAAUGUUGAUUGUGAACAUAAUACGCGAGUUAGAUGGAUUACGGAUUUUCUUGAAACAGAGUUUAUAAAUAUUUUCAAUACAUUCCGCGGCGAACUUCGUUUACACAAACGAAUGAUUGUAAUUCUUAAAGGCCUUGGAAAUAUUGGUAUACUAUCGGAGCAUUUUGCUGAACAGCUGCGGAAAAUCAUUGCUGAUAAUAAUGCACCCAUUGGUAUCCGUUUGGAGUCAGUUUUUGCAUUUAGGCGAGGGAACUGCAAUAAAUACCGUUCAAUAUUUUUAAAUAUUUACACAAACUUUACCAUUCAUUCAGAAGUGCGCAUUGCGGCUUACUUGCAAACGAUGAUCUGCCCUGAUUACUAUACGAUCAACAAAAUAAAAAGCAUAUUGAAAAUUGAAGAAAUCAAUCAAGUUGGUUCCUUUGUUUGGUCACAUUUGAAAAAUUUAGCUAAGUCAUCUUCACCAGUCAAUAUUGCUGUUCAAAGUUUACUACUGAACGACGAUCUAUCUAACAAAUUUAAGCUGGACAUACGAAAAUUUUCUCGUAACUAUCAACAAAACUUAUUUUUCGACGAAUAUAAUUUUGGCAGCACUACAGAUAUGAAUAUAAUUUUUGGAACCGAAUCAUACUUGCCACGGAUGGGGACGCUUAACUUCACUACUAACCUUUUCGGGCAUUCAAUUAACUUAUUUGAACUUACAGCAAGGGCGGAAGGUUUCGAGCAAUUAUUCACUUCAAUUUUUAAUUCUGAGAAAUAUAUAAAUCAGGAAAGCUUAUUCCUCCGUAAAGGAUUUAAAAACAUUAUGGAUAUUGUCUACAGUUGGCUGGGUACAAAAGGUGCAUACACUGAUGAUGCGGCUGCUGGUUCAAUAAAUGGUGAGAGUUCCAAUCCUUUUAAAAACACUUUCCAGCAAACGCCAUUUGAGAACCAUACUCUAAAUGACGAAUAUGGAUUUAAAAAAUUCCGUGCAACACGUUCUGUGACAAAGAAUGACAUAGAUGAGCGCAGAGCAGUUUUGAAGAAAGAUAUUGAAAAGUUGGGCUAUGAACUUAAAUAUGACUAUAACAAUCCAAUACUUCAAUUUGGAAUGCGUAUUUUCGGUAAUGAUUUACAUUACUACUCUUUAAAUGGAGUUCCCGAAUUCUUAGAGCUUGCAAAGGAGUUUAAUAUUUUACAACAGGCCUCGGAAAUUUUAUCAGGCAAAGAAAUCACAUACACAAAAUCAAAUGUAUUCCUUGAUGCCUCUUACAUUGCUCCUCUCAUGGUUGGCUUACCUUUGUCGUUAGAUAUAUUCGGCGCCUCUUCCAUUGAUCUACGCAUAUUAGGCGAGUUGAAUCAAAUAGAUCCUGCUCUUUCUAGCUGGAACUUUGAUAUAAAAGGUAAUCUUAAGCCAACGAUAUUGGUUGAUGUUGUAGGAACAAUGAGAUCCGAUAUAUUCCACGCGCAGUCAGGUGUUAAAGUGAAAACCACUUUAUAUUCAAACUCUGAGUUGACAGGCGAACUAAAAGUUCGUGGGAAGAACUUGGUUUCGUUUUCAUUCAGUUUGCCGCAAAACACUAGUGAAAUUUUAAGUGCCCGCUCAGAAUUGUUAAAAAUUACGAGAGAUAGAGAUGAAAACCAACCUGGUGUUAAAAGCCGUAGGGAGAACUCUACUUGUACAUGGACACUGUUGGAUACUGCUAUUGGCCUGAGAAUGUGCAUCGACUAUAGUGUUCCUAACUUGAAUAAUUCCAAACAAGCUAUAUAUCCCGGGCUAAUUCUAAGCGGCCCAUUGGAUUUCCGCAUAGUAUUGGCAAAAUCGGACCCAACAACCAAGAAAUGGGUAUUCGAGUAUACAUCGGAUCAACAAAGAAGUGGCUCUAAAUGGGCAUUUCUUUUCUAUACGCCUAAUUCAGCAUUUGAACGUUCGAUUGCUGCCAAUGUUAGCAGUGUACCGGGGAGAUUUAAUUCUUCAAUUUUAUUUGUUCAUGGGGUCAGCCAGGCCUCCGCUGUUUGUCAUUAUAUAGGAAAUCCUCACCACAGACGAUUUGCUUUUUUACUGGACACAAAUGGAAACCGUAGUCUGGACUUAAAUAUGGAACUAAAGCGUGAGCAAGAGCAAAAUGUAUUGCUUUAUAAACCAAAAAUGUUAUUAGCUAUAAAUGGUGUCAACAUAACUGGAGCGGUGGGUACAAUGCGAAUCAACGAAAAAAAUGGUAUUGUGCAGAGUGACAUGGAUUUUUCAUUUGAGACUCGAAAAUUGCAAAUGCUCGUACGAGGAAUUAUAGCGCAGAGUGAAGUAACGAAAACAGCGAAUAUUACAGCAAACUAUAGGUUUCAGGCAAAUAAAAUCGAAAGCAUAAACUUUGAAGGACGGUUGAUAAACUCUGGUGACAAAUCCAAAACAUCAUACGAAGGGGAAAUGAAGUUCAAAACUUCGGCACACCCAAAGCUAAAUUUUGCCUCAAAUAUCACUUGGCGAUCACUGCAAGGUCAUACUGAAGGCAUUUUAGCUUUUAAUAACGCACAGAACGUCGGAGAUCCGGAUUCUACAAACAUAUUGCAUUUAAUAUUAGCGCGUUCCCACUCAGAAGAAAAAGUUUGGGAAGGUUCACGUUUUCAUGCAAGUUUCGAUGUUAAGAUACCACGCUCUAAGAUUGAUUAUAAAUUCUUAUUAAAGCAUGAGGAACGGUACAAAAAUGGAAGCGAGCAUAAUGUAAUAGCUAGUGCACAAUUCAACCCGGAAAAGGAAGCCUCAAUUGUGGUAUCUGUUUUGCUACCACGGCAUCACUUGCUUGUUUUUGAUGCAUUUUUUAAUAUUUCCGUAUCCAAGUUCAACUCAUGUUCCGGACGCCUAAAAUUCGCAGAAAAGUUUCCCAAAACUUAUUUGAUUAAUUUCAAUGGCACCUGGUUUACAGAACAAUCUAUUGUAAUAAAGGCAAACUACAAGGAUCAAAGUACUCGUCUUCAAGUACUAAAAAUGAUUAUAGAAAGUGAAUCAUUUAAAACUGUAACCCUUAAUGCCUCGUACCGACGAGCCCAAACCUUUAUUUUUAGCAACUUCCACGUCAAAUAUGGUGAAGAUCCAUAUGGUUUGAUAAUGCAGCUAAAUUCCCAACCAGACAAUAUCAAAACCACGCUUUGCGAAGUGCACCUGCAAUUGAAAGAAAAAAUGUACUGGCUUAAUACUAGUGUGCUUGUAGAGCAGCCCUUAAUGUUGCAAAUGGAAAUCCAUUUAGAUAAAUUGCGUGAUAUUUAUAUAAAAUCUAGUGUAACAUAUUUGGAUACACACCGAGAAUUAUCAUUGGAGUUGAACUGGGACAGAAAUCGCGACCCUUCGCAACGCCUUGUUUUAUUAGCUGCAUAUAAAAUGCCAUCCAAUAACAAGCAUAAUGGACAGAUUUUAAUUACAUAUCCUUACCGCACAGUUAGCUGCAGUUUCAACGCAUACACUCAAGGGCCAAAAUACUAUGGCGAUUUGAAUGCAUCUUGGGAAACCGAUGAAUUAGUUAACGUAAAAUAUAUUCUCCUGUUAAUGCCUGAAAAUAACUUAAAUAAUUGGAUUCAUGUAGAGGUUAAUACCCCUUUUCAAAGUUGGCGUAAUAAUUGCCUUGACGCAGGUGUCUACAAUUUUGGCACUUUAUUUUUAGCAAAUACAUCGUUAUUUUGGGGUGAAAAUCAGAAUAUAGAAUUAAUUGGUAAAUGUGACAUUAAUAUUGGGGAAAUUCCAUCAAGUUUGGAUGUUCGUUUUGGAUUAAAUAGUUCAUUAGUAGAAAUGCCAUCAAUAAAUGUAGAAGUAAAGCAUCGACAUGAUCUAAACAAAUUAGACACCGAUGCAAGUUUAAGCUACAGCAGUGCAAAUGAAACAAUCAAAACAUAUGGUUGGAAAUCCACAUGGGAAUUAAAUAAAAAUCAACAAUAUCAAAAUGUUAGUGGUACUAUUUUGGUUCUUAGCCCUCAUAAAGAGUUUUGGAAAGGUGGUCUGGUUACGAAAUUCAGCUUUAUCGACCAAAGAAAAAUACUCGGCGCUGCUUCACUAACAUUUAAUUUACGGGAAAUCACACUCGCUAUGGAUGGCUAUAUCAACAAAUUGAAUGACAAUAUGAUUACUGUUAACAUAACUACCCCAUUACAUAAGUUUCGUAACAUAAAUGGUCGAUUCGGUCUGAUUGAAGCGAAAAGACACGUUGUGGCUGAAAUUGAAACGCCCGUCACAUCUUUAGGCUUUGAAGUAUUAUUGGAUAUUGAAUCUUUCUCCAACUUCGAUGUGAAGUUUAGUGUGGCCACACCUAUUGAAGGAUUCAAGCAUACAGCAUUUUUCGCAAAAUUAAAAAAAGAUACUGUGGAUAUGCGCUGUAAAUUGAAUAAUGUUACUAUUGGCUUUAUCGGAGUGUGGUAUAUGAAUGAUCUGACUGAUUUCGAAUAUUCGUGCAAAGUUUUCACUCCCCUUAAAGGCUUCGAAGAUAAUGGUAUCAUUAUUAAAUUUCUAAAGCAAGACUCAUUUGUGCUGAAUUUGCAUUCCAAACUUUCACGCUAUAGUUGUGGAAUACAAAUGAAUGGAAAACCGAAAUCUCCGAUUCUAAAACAAUUGGGUAAUAAAAUAAUUGAGCUUGAAUCAAAAUACGAUGUCGAUUUCAAACCUCCAAAAAUGGAAAGCGGAGAGUAUAGCGAUGUGGAAAAUUCUGAAUACGAAGAAUUCUUUUCUUAUAAUAUGGAAGUACUGAUGGAUUUACUGAUCUGGCCCACUAUUGAAGGCAUGCUCGAAAUUGAAGAAGUAUUUGACUACUAUUUUGCUGUGGCCAACAUAAAAAUUCCCCAGGGUUACAUAGAUAUAAAAAAUAACUUAUACUUCCCUGACUAUUUAAACAUAAUCAAUGUUUUAAAUAUAGAAACACCUUUUGAAACUGCAAAAAUUAAAUUGAUUGCGAAUCAUCACGUCGACAUAAAUUUGGAACACUUCUAUGAAAAAGUAUUUUGUAUUAUUAAUAAUAAUGUAACAGCAAAACUACCAAUAGGAGUAGGAUUUGAAGUCAAUUACACUCAAGUCACUGAUUACAUAAAAACUCCUGAACAUCUUUUAAAACUAAAUUUGACAUUAUCCUCUGGCGAAGAAAUCGAUAUUACCGGAAAAGUGCAUUUAGAAGACAACCUUUUUAGAGGAAAUUUAAAGACUAUUGCAGGGAAAUCGUGCCUCUCGUUGGCAGCUGCUUUUGAGGCUGAAGAAAAUCUUUUUGAAGCAUCUGCUGAUGUUUCGUUAGAGGAAAAUAUGGUUUCCUACUAUAAUAGCAGUGUCUAUUUUAAACAAGAGUUUUCUAAAGUGGACAAUUCUUUUAUUAUGAAAUUAGAAAUAAAUAAUAGGUCUGAUAUUAGCAGGUUUCAAGCCGAAUCUGUUUGGCAGAGUGAGAAUGUGAAUGAAGAGAUAACUUCUAAUGGAAAAAUUAUGACUACAAUGUUACCUUUAAAAACUCUAGAGUACUCAUUUCUCCUUAAUAGAGGGAAAACCCCCCAGAUUAAUAUUGAUUUUGGAUUUUUCAACCAACAAGGAAUGCGUUUGGAUUAUGGCAUGCGAGCAAUAAAAAUAAACGAAGUUGUAAAUACCGAGAUAUGGACACCAAUGACUAAUUUCAAAAACAUAUCUAUUCAUGGCACAUUGACAACUUCAAAUUCUGAUCAAUAUAAAAUUGAGGGGGUACUAUAUCGUGAUAUGGUAACUCAUAACCUCUUUGGCGUUGUUCAUAUGGAUGACGGAUAUCCAAGGAAAGCACGUCUGCAUAUAAAAUCUUUAGAUGGUAGUCCAGAUGGUUUAAUUGAAAUAGACAUCACAAAAAAGAAAGAUACUGGGAAUGGCUUCGACUUUUAUUUAAAUGCAAUAGAGGAUAGAAAAUAUUGUAAAAUUUCUUCUAGUUAUUCAUACGAUGACUUAACUGGCCUAGAUUUAUCUGUAUUUGUCCAGUCAACAGAAGCUCAACUGCAACGAGUUUAUAUUGCAAGCAGCUACCAGUUUCCUGAAAAAGAGCGUACUACGGCUAAGUUAACUUUAGAAACACCUUGGCGUUAUUGGGGCCUCGAGAAAGUGAAUCUUUGGUCAGACAUAAAGAGAAGAUCGGACCGUGGCAAAAUAAAUGGAGGCUACAAAUUAGAUUUUUAUAAAGGGUAUGGAAAUUGUGAGUGGACUUGGAAACCGGAAGAAAAUAUGUGGCUCUUAAUAGAAAGUCAUAUGGACCGACCAAACGCUAAUUCAAGUUUUGUAUUUACUGAACUAAAAUAUGUAAAUCCUAAUAUAAGCUACAAGGAAUUAGAUAUUGGAGGAAAAGUAAACCUGAGCUCGAUAUUGAACUUUGAAGUAAAUGGAACCUUAAAUUAUAAAUCAGUUGAUGAUAUUCAAGUUGGAGUGAUAGCACACUGGCCCAUGCAAAGCAAUGAAAUACACGAACUUAAAGGUCGAUACCGUGGAAAUGCGAUUAGUAAGCAAGGAAAAAAUUUAGAUGUUUUUGUUGAAGGAAAAUAUUACGCUAAAAUAUCGAAACAGCGGGGUGUAGCACGUUUCUUAUAUAGAAAUUCGACAGACUUUCGAAGUACGGGUUUUGUUACAUGGGGUAUUUUAGAUAAUAUUAGCACAUACCAAACAGAUAUACAAUUGUUGAUGAUAACAAAAACUCGUCGUGAAUUUCUUGCAAAAUUUAUCACUCCAAAAUUUGAAAAGGAUGCUACUCUAUUUUUAGUUGGUGCCUAUGAUAAGUUAAAAGAUAAUUACCACUAUGUGAACUGGUCUAUCGACUAUCCAUCUACUAGACGAGUUGCCGAUAUGGAAAUAGCAAUUCAAUCUUUUGCAAACCUGAAUGCUCAGAUAAAUUGUACAACGCCUUUUUUGGAAGCACCGUGGCUCAAACUUGUUUUCAAUUUUACUACAAAUGGAGGAAAUGGUUAUCGCUUUUGUCGAGUGGACUGGCCAACAGACUUCUCCUUCAUAAGGCUAAAGAAUACUCACAAACAUGAAAUAUUAAAUAAUAUUUUAGAUGGAAAUAUCGAACUAGAAUUGCCCAUAAAUACACGACAUCGCUUGGAUGUUAAAUAUCGGCUCAAUGAAAAACCACAACUAAACAAAGGCAAUGUCAAUGUUUAUUACAAUGAAAAAUUAGUGGUUAAUGGAACUUAUCAGCGUUCAGAUACCAUACUAAAAGAAACAACUGAUAUUAUAAUUGAUAAUGUUAUUAAGCCAAUAGGAAUCCGUUUUGUUAACAGUUCUGACGUGCGCAAUAUAAAUAAGAAUACUAGCCUAAAACAUAUUGAAAUAUUUGAUUUGGAUAACUCAAAGAAUUUUAACUUAACAUUCCAAUUAUAUGCAAUUACAUUGGAAAGCGAGAAAGAGAUUAAAUUGGUAGCUAUUCACCCAAAUAGGACUGUUAUUUUAACAACCAGUUAUAAAACUCUCACCACUGAUGCAAUAUAUCAGCGAGGUAAAUUAGAACUAUCCAAAACAGCUUGGAUUGGAUACAGCAUAAUAUUAGGAAAUAACAACACGGAUGACAAUGACAUUCGAAAUUUCAUCGCAGAAUUAUCAUAUCCAAAACGUCGGCUAGCAAUCAAUGGAUUUUAUUAUACCACGCCGAAUGCGUUUAAUUCGAAUACGUCAUUCGAAUGGUCCGACCCCUUUAAUAAUGAUACAAAAGCAGUGCACACGAGCAUUUUAUGGCGAACGGAAACAUUAGGGCAACACGACCGUGACAAUCAAACGAUAAUUUUCGUCAUAAGGCAUCAUCUUUUGGAAAAAGAUUUAAAACUUAAAGGAUCUUUCUAUCGUGGCGUUAAGGAUUUAGUUAGAGCUGACGUAAUAAUUGACUACUCUUACGAUUUAGAUCAUUCGAUUGAGAUGCAUACUUCACUUAAGGAUUUACGAGAAGGAUUAGAGCCUCUAAAAUGUUCAAUGAAAUUUUUGGCUUACCAUAAAGCGUCCGAGCUAGAUGUUCAAUUUAAUGGAUCUGCUACAGCACGACCUUCUUAUUUUAAAAUAGAAACAAAAUCAUUGUAUAAGAAGGACUAUUUCCCGGAAAAACAUGGAUUAUUUUUGGUUCUGUUUGACUUAAGAAACAACGAAAUGGAUUAUGUGCGUAAAUCACCUUACCGAACAGUACGUAUAUGGGUGCAACCGAAUAUGAAUUACCCCGUUUAUGGCAUAAAUGCUACAUUGUGGAAUACACCCACUGUCAAUAACACCGGUUACAUUUAUGUCAACAUGCUUGAAAAAGAAGCCCAUAUGUACUUUAAUUUAACCGAAGAUGGUAGUCACAAUCUUCUAAUGUUUGGUUGUAUUCCGAACACGCGUAGUAGCUACUUAAAUAUCUGGCGAAACUAUGAAGAGAUAAGUAUUGAUGAUGUUAGCUCAUAUAUAAAAUUAAACCACUCACGUCACUUAAGUGCUCGCUUGCAUUGGCGACCAAAAAUAAAAAGCGAGUUAAAAGAGAAAGUAAACACCAUUAGAGAAGCUCUCCUGAGUUCAUUCACUGAACAUAUUGAUUUUUGGACAAAGGAAUUGUAUAUUGAAGCUGUGUCAGCUGUAAAAGUUGUUUGGGAAACAACUAGAGAAUAUAAUAAAGACUUUGUCGAUGAUAUUACCGAACUAAGUAUUUUAAAAGAAGACCUAGAAGAUUUCCGAAUUUUUAUGAAUAAAUCAUACGAAACGAAUGACUUUUAUAUAAAAACUCUUCUUAACUUUACUUAUAACUUGCUGGACGAAAUAGCCUUGCGAGACCAUGUUGACUCAUUGCCAAUCAUAUUUAGUGAGAUUCGUCAAGUUUUGGGAGAAUCCGGUAAGGCAUUGAGGAGGAGCAUGCUUCAGUUAAUUGAAAUGAUAAAGAGUACCUAUAAUAACAUCAUACAAGCUAUCAACAACUUUUUCCAUGGAGAGUCAUUGAAAUAUUUAACUGAUAUCAUGGAGAAAGGUUUCGAAAAGUAUGAAAAACUUGUAAAGGAAGUGCACAUAUCGUUUAUUAACCAUGUGGAAAUUAUUUGGAAUAAGUUGUCUAAUGCGGUUUCUACCUAUUUCAAAGGAGUUCUUAAACGCAUCGAACCACAUAUCUUUAAAGCUAUGAGUUUUAUGGAAAGAACUGUCUGGGAUUUAAGCAAGGAGGUGUUCAACUAUAUCAAUGAGCGAACAAAUGAAUUAGCAGAGUCAACUUAUUUUAACCAAGUUUCUAGUUUUACACAAGAUGUAGAAAAUUUGUACAAAGAUAUAAAAUCACAUGACGUAUUUUUAAAUAUUAAAAAAUAUGCAUCUAUUACCUGGAGAUUCAUUAAGGAAAAAUAUCACAAGCUUAUACCAUUCGGGUCAGAACUUAAUGAAGUGUUACAAGAGAUUUGGCACGAAAUUAAAGAACUAGAAAAAAUAAGGCAAUUUCAGGUAGUUAUUAACAAAAUGUCUCAGGUGGCAACUGAAAUAGAAUGGGUUGCCGAAGAAAUAAAAAUAAAAAAGCAUCUGCAUCAAGUGUAUGCUCUGAUUCGUAACAAACUACGAAAUUAUGCGUUGAAUGCUUUGGAAGUGGCAGACAUGUAUCGUGAAGCAAAAACCAAAUUCAUAUUCGAUCCCGAGGAAGGAGCAAUCGAUCUUGAACAAAAAUUACCGAUAUCCUGGCACGCCUUUAACGAAACACCAAAAUUCCAAGAGAUUCCAGAAUACAAACUGAUAACGCAAGUGCAAAAUAUUUUGAUUACCAAUAAUACAUCACUUUUGGGGCACAUCUACGAUUUUCGGUCAUAUUUGGAUCCAAGAACUUGGUUACCACAGCAUUACUCGCGUGCAUUUUUAAUUGACUCCAGGUUUUACAUAACCUACGAUAAGCGCUUUGUAACUGUGAAUCUCAGUUCACAAGAGCUAACAAAUUGCUCUUAUGUAUUAUCACAUGAUUUUUGGAACAACACUUUUACUCUCACCGUGGAUUUUUCGACUGCAUCCAGCCAGAACAAUGUGCUUCCUGUGGCAAAGUUUAAUCUCAUUGCCAAAGGACAUAUAUUCGAAAUUGACACCACGACCGAUUCUUUGAUAUUUGAUGGCAUCCCGAAUCCGUUGGUACCUAUUAAAUUUGACGAUUUUAUGGUUCAUCGAGAUUCAGAUAUACUAACAAUAAAUUCUGGGGAUGAAUUUAAAAUUGAGUGCAAUAUGCAGUUCGACCUGUGUUGGUUUGAGGUUAGUGGCCAAUAUUUUGGCCAAACUGCCGGUCUACUAGGUACUAUGAAUAAUGAGCCUUUUGAUGACUUCAUGACGCCCUCUAACACGAUUGCAAAAAGUAAUGCUAUAUUUAUUGACGCUUGGAACUCAAAAGCCUGCAAUAACAAAAUAAUUCAAAAACCGUCAAAAAUUGUAACUAAGGAAGUAAUUGAAACAUGCCACCAACUAUUUUCAUCCUUAAAUCAUUGCUCAAACAUUGUGGAUCCAGAACCAUAUUUGAACAUCUGCUUUGAAUUGGAAUAUAAGUCAGAUCGAAUACGUCCUGGGCUUCCAUCACUUAAGGCUCUCUGUACUGCUGCGCUUGCAUACAUAGAAGUUUGCCAACUUGCUAAAAUUCCAAUGCGGGUGCCGCAGCAAUGUGUAUUUUGCGAACUUACUAAUGGAACCUUCGUACCAGAAAGUACGUUUGUGGAAUACGAUACGCAUAUUGAGCCACGCAGUAGCGACGUCGUCUUCUUAGUGGAAGCAAACACCUGCAAUACUUAUACAACCGGAAAUAAAAGCAUCGAGUCUAUACUUACAGCACUCGAUCAACAGUUACAAGAACACAAAUUUAUAAACAACAGAUACGCCGUUGUUGCCUUCGGUUCGCAACUAUCCCCAUUCAAUUAUCCUCGAACUAUUUCAAAAGGUAAUGGAGUAUUUGUAAAUAGUACUGAUGAAAUUCGUCAAUACCUCAACCAUGUGAUGAGUUUCUUAAAAAAUGAAGACGGACCCAAAUCCAGCAAUGAUAUAUUACAAGUUAUUUCUACAGCAUCAAAACUAAAUUUUCGACCAGGAGUUUCUAAAACGCUUAUAUUGUUGUCCUGCAGCCGCUGUGAUUUGAAACAGAUGCGAUUCGAUUACUCAUCUAUGUUACAAUAUAUGAAUGAAGAAGGUUUCAGCUUGCAUAUUCUUGCAGAUACAGAUUUUAACUUUGAUAAAUCACGUAAAAUGCGUCACUUCUUUGGUUUUGAUAAACACUUCGUAUAUUCAAACCGCUUCCCGGAAGGCGAUAGCGAAACGCGACAUGCACUCCACAUUUCCAAAAGUAGCCUGGGAAUAUGCGCACCUUUAGCCUUGGAGACCGGCGGGUCAGUUUUUAGCCUGAAGAAAAUUAUGGCAGAACGGAGAAAUUCAUUUAGACGAUUUGCAACUAUUUUCGCAAAGCGUGUGGUUCAAAGUGCCUUACCUAUUGGCAAUCAGUUGUGCGAGUGCACUGGACAUAAUACCGGUGUAGCUUAUAUGGUGUGUACGCCAAGUGAAUUCCCGAAUCAAAAAUCUAUUUUCGAGGAAAAUGAUCCGGAUUUCUCUGGAUUAGAAUGGCAGUCUGAAUUUUAUGAAUUGGAAUAACAUAUUGUUUUUUAAUAUGUGAAAAUAAAUAGAAAUUAUGUAAUCAAGAAUUUGCGAAAGCUUUCUGGUUGAUGAAACCAGAUAUAACUGGCUAUGUAAAUAUAAUUUUAAUGGAAUCAGAAAAUAUGAUAAUCAAACAAAACCUCA